CCUUGAAGAGUUUAAGUUAUGGAGCUUCCUGUUUUGUGGAGUGUGUAGGACACAGUACAUCAUACUUCCCCAGAAGGGCUAGAUACAGCUACAGGUAUACAGCAGUCACCAACACAUUCUUGCAGGGAAAUAUUUACAGAAGCAGUGGCAUCUCUUUGGAGAGCACAGUGAUCAUUGAGGUAUUGGGGAAUUGCCAGCUGGUUUUGAAAGUGCAAGAUGUACAGAUUAAGAAAAACCUUGCAUCCAGAGAGGAGCCUCUGAAGCAAAUGGACAGUCUAAGGGAAGUACUAGAACAGCAUCCUCUUCAUUUUUCUUUCCAUGAUGGGAAAGUUAUGAAGCUCUGUCCUGUGAGGAGUGAACAGACCUGGGCUCUGAACAUAAAGCGAGGCAUUCUCAGUGUCCUGCAGACAUCACAAGCAUCCACUGCUAGUACAGUUGUUGAAGAGGUGGAUGUUCUGGGAAUAUGCCCAACCAGGUAUCAGCGGAAAGGUUCUGUUUUUGUCAAGACAAGGGACUUAAACCUCUGCUCGCAUCGGUAUUCUGGCUUUACUUCUGUGCAAUCUGUGGUUCUUCCUCAUUCUGAGCAGAAGAUCCUGUCCUCCAAACUGGAGUGUGUUCAGAGCAUUAAGGAUGGAGUCCUGGCAGAGGCCAAAUGUACUGAGUCCAACCUGCUUACGCUGUCCUCACAGAAGAGUGGUGGGGCAAAGACACAGACACAGUCUUCACUGACACUCUUUCAAGUGGAAACAGAAACAUUGUAUAGAAAAGUGGACUCUGAGGAUCUGUAUGUGACCAACAUGCUCUAUGAAAGAGAAGAAACUGAGAGGGAGGUCACUGGCGGGGAAGUGACUGAACUAGUGUGGAAGCUUUGCUUAGCACAUAGUACAAGUUUUGAGACUGCAGACCUUUUCAUGACUCUUGUGUUUGAGCUUCGACAUCUUUCUCUUGAAGCCUUAAAAGCAGUAUGGCAAAGAUCUUCGUUUAAAUGCAGAGACAACUGGCAGCCACUAAUAGAUGCUCUCCCAUCUUGUGCUACAGAAGCAUGUGUUAUCCUAAUGAAAGAAAUCAUAGCUUCUGGAGAAGUCGAGGAAGACAAAAAGGAGUAUUUCUUCUGGUCUUUGUCAUUCAUUCCUAAACCCACCUCAGGCAUGAUUGAAUCUUUUGCUCCAUUGCUAAAGUCACCAGGAGCAAGCCAGAGCUGUUUCUUAGGAGUAACUGCUCUCUUACACAGAUUUUGUUCAGCUUACAACUCCUGUGAUGGUGUACCUGCUGUGCAGAGUGUGAUGAGGACUCUUGGGAAAUUUUUGGGAGGAAAUUGUACCGUGCAAGAUACAGAACAACUCAGCAAGAUGCAGCUGGUGUUAAAAGCCAUUGGAAACGCAGGCCUGGCAGCAGCUUCACUAGCUCCUGCUCUGAGCUUGUGUGCUUCCCUGAAAAGCAAUCCAGUCGACAUUCGUUUAGCUGCUAUCCAGGCCUUCAGGCGCAUUCCUUGUUCUGGCAGGGAUACUGUAUUAGUUCGGCUGUAUCAAGAAACCAGUGAAGAUGUGGAAAUAAGGAUUGCUGCCUAUUAUAUAGCAAUGAAAUGUCCUCAUGGAGAGUUAUUUAAACAAGUACAAAAGACUUUGCUGAAAGAAACAUCCAGUCAAGUGGGCUCCUUUGUUUGGAGUCAUCUCUCUCAGCUCCUGGAGACAGAUGACCCACUGAAGGAGCACCUUCGAGAUUCUAUUCCUGAUGAAAUCCUGAGCAGAGAUUUUGAUCGGGAGACAUGGAAAUACUCCUCAUAUUCUGAUGCCACAUUCCACUCCGCUGGUGCAGGUGCAAAUAUGGAAGCAUCAGUGGUCUUUUCUCCUGCAUCUUUUCUACCACGAUCAGUCAUGACAAAUUUGACUGUUCACCUUAUGGGGCAGGCUGUAAAUCUGCUGGAGAUUGGUGUACGAUUAGAGAAUGCUGAAGCUCUCGUGCAGAAGACCUUUGGGCAGAAAUCUGCUACUUUCAGUGACUACUUUUUUGCAAACACUAAUGAAAGAAACCACAAAUCAGAAAAUCCAGUGAAAACAACAGGAAAAGUCAAGCAGAGGAAGCUGACUUUGAAGCAGUAUGGCUCCACUGAUCAUCUUGUGACCAAGUCUGGCAAGCCAAAGUUGAGGAAAGCUAACCAGAAUUGUCCUAGUAGAAAGUACAGUAAGAUGAGUGAGAUAGUCAAAAAGUUUACUGAGACAAGGAUGGGAAAGGAGGCACUGAAAUGUGAGCUAAGCAUGAAAAUCUUUGGAAAUGAACUUAGCUUCUGGAAUUGUGAAGAUUUAAGAAAAAAAAGGAAACAUUAUUCUUUAAAUCUGGCUGCGUUGGCUGUCAAACUUCUGAAGGGGCAAGAGGUCCAGUUUAAUAAAAGGAUGAGUUUGGCCACUGAAGGAUUGCAAUUCCCAGCAAUUUCAGGCUUUCCUGUUCAGCUGGCAGUCAAUGCCUCAGCAGCAGUGAACAUAAAAAUCAAAGGGAAUGCGGAUUUCAAACAACAGUCAAAUUUCUUUCUAAGUGGGUAUAUCAAGCCAAGUGCAUUUGUCCAGCUUUCUGCUCAAAUGGGAACUGUGGGGAUUCUGGGACAAGCUGGCCUAAACUGGGUAAUAGGAAUGAGGACAUCUUCUAGUCUUGAUGGGGGAAUCCAGGUAAAAAAAGGGCAAGAGCUCAAAGUUUUUUUGAACACUCCAGAAGAAUCUAUGGAGAUAAUGAAUUUCAGCUCUAAGCUAUACUUCAAAAUGGUGGACGAGAUGGAAGAUACAGAUGUUUUCCAGCACCACACAGAAACCAGAUCUUGCACUAGAGAGGAAGUGUCUAAGAUUAUUGGCUGGCAGCUGUGUUCUGAAAUGUCAUAUCCUGCCGCAGCCAGUGGUUUGGUUUUCCCUCUUACUGGACCUUUGAGAGUGGCUGUCACAUUAACUAAGCAAGACAGAGGCCUGCAGCAGUACAUUGUGGAAGCUGCAUAUAACUAUAUUGCUCAGGAGAAUUCAUGGAUCCCAAAUGAAGCUGUCCUUCACCUCUUCAUUGGGACUCCAAAGUCAGACUUGAAAAGGGAUGUUGGCAUUGACCUAAAUUUUAGUGUCCCACAGAAGCAAUUCAGAAUCCAAUUUAUGCAACCUAAGAAAAAAAUUGCGAUUGAUGGGAGAAUUGAGUUUUCUAGAAGUUCACGAGUUGGACACCUGGAGCUGAUAGUAGAUGAUCAAGAUGUAUAUUACAUUAAGGGAAUGACAGAUUUGCAGAUGCUGGGUGGAGAGCAGAGAUAUGUGACCCAGCUGGAGGUAAAGCUGAUAAAGGAAAGCAGUCCUAUCAUUCUGUCAGGAAACAUCACUAAACAACUUGGCAAGAAGAUAACUUUUUCAGUAUCCCUGAAUAAUUUAUUGAAGGAUGCUGCAUUUCUUUCAGUGUUUCUGGAGAAGAAGGUUGAUGAUAAGCUGAGACAGUACUCAUUGGAAGGGGAGACUUACCUUCCAGGUGUUGUUGGAGUUCAUGUCAUCAGUCUUCUCAAGCAAACUGAAGGCUUGUGGUCUCAUGGUUUGAGGAUGAAAUAUGGACUCCUAGGAGAGGCAAAGAAUCUUCAUCAUGAAUGCAGUGUGCGGCAAAAGAUGAAAGUGGAGACAGGUGCACAUGGCGUGUACGAACUUGAUAUUGGGCAUGAAUUUCACUGUAUGCAGACUCCAACCUAUAAUCACAAGGUUAACCUGAAACAUGAAACAAGUGCAUCUUGGCUUUCCUCCCAGAUGGAAAUUAGCUAUGGGAAACACUGGAAUCAAAUAAACAACAGGAAGAAACUGCUGAUUAGCCAAGCAUUUAAGAACAGUUCCAGUUCAUCUCUAGUCAACUAUUUCAUGGAGUUUACCAUGCAAGUCCUGGAGAAACAGGUGAAUUAUAGAACCCAGCUCCAGCACUCGCAUGCCUCUCAGGUUUAUUUGCAGAGCAGCACCAACUUUGAGGUGCAGUACAAUGAUCACGUGCCAUUUGUGGCUGGGCUGCAGUGGAAAGAUGCAUCCAGAAAUGGCCUGAAGAAGUGGGAAGGUCUAUUAAAUAUAGACACCCCAUGGCUAUAUCUGCAUGCAGCUCACAAACUACAUCAGCCUCAGCAUUCUGCUUAUUUGUUGACUAUGGAGCUGACAACUGGAAAAUCUCUCUCCAUUAAGAAUCUUGUAGUGGAACUAUUAUAUAAAGAUCAAGGCAAUGAAAAGGAAGGGAAAAUUCACAUUUACACACCAGCUACCACAUACCUACAGGCAUCAACAUUUAAUCAUCUUGGGAGGAAUGUUCUGCAUAGCUAUAGUGAAAUGGUAUCUCUGUGGAAUCAGCUUGUGAAGAAUGAGAUUCAUUUGGAGAAUAAUGAGCGAGCCAAGUUUCUCUGCUUUAAGAUAAAGAGUCCAAAACAGGAAUUUAACUUCACAGCCAGCUAUCAGAAUCUGGCAGUGCCUAAGAAGACAAACUUCUCAGUAAAGACUGUAUGGAGAGAUUAUAAAAGGCUGCCUGUUGUGCUACAGUUUGAAGGCCAGAUAGAAGAGCUGAAGAAGGAGAAGAUGCUCUAUCAAAAACGUGGAACAUUCUAUUUCAGGCACCCUUUCACAGUGCCCAUUUUGCAGAGCUUCCUUCUGCAGGAGACAUUUAGUGUUGACAAAAAGCAAAAGCACUAUUUAAUGGAAACAAAUAUUCUGAUAAAUGGGCUGGAGGAAACAGUUCAAACUCUUACACUUGGUUACCAACCUGAAAACCCCUAUAUUUGUGCUAGCUUAGUUCAUCCAUAUAACUACAAGUUGUUGCCCAAAGAAGUUGAAAUAUGCAUAUUAACUCGAAAUCAUCAAAAUUUGAAGCAUGAGCUUGAGACUGCCUUGAAGAUCAAUAAGGAAGAUGUUCUCAGCUUUCUGGGGAGAUAUGAGGACAAAUCCAAUGAGGCAGCUCUUAGGCAUCUUUUAUACAUGGAUGUGACACAUUCGUUCCAGCUAGAGUUUCCACGAGCAAUGGGCCUAAGUGGGGAGCUGUUUUCCAGGCAGACUAAACUGGAACACUUUGACUACAGUGUGAGUGUAAAAGCCAUCAUCAACAAGAACAUGUCUUCACAGGCCCAGGCAUCCCUAAAGAGUUAUGGUGAGAGCAGUUUCAAUAGCUCUUUUUACCUUCAUUACAAUGGAAGGGGCAUGCUGAUGCUGGAGGUUGAUAUGACCACGGAAAACAGGCGAAAAAGCAGAGCUGUUGAACUGAGGGCUUUCCUUCAUCAGGCAAUCCUGACAAAUCCAGAAUCAAUACAAUUCCAGCUCAUAGGCAAAGUAUUUCCUUCAAGACUUUUGAUAUCUUCUGAGAUGAAGCUUAAUGAAAAUAAGCUUCACAUGGAUUUCAUGGGAGCGAGGGAGCAGAAAGUCGGUCUUGUUUUGUCCCUAUAUGGAAAAGUCCAACACACAUUUGCUGGAUUAAAGGCUGUACCUCAUCAUCUUUCUCUGAAUGGAUUCCUGAAUUGCAAAACCAACAUUCGUGAUGGUAACAUCAAUGUGAUGGUCAACAAAACACUGUAUGGGCUCCAUCUCAGGAACAGAAAUGUGUUUGGGAAUACCACCGUACACAGUAUCACUUUUGCUAUGUUUCAGAACGGCAGUCAGGCAAUCCCUGUGGAGGCAAAACUGAAAGGACGCCUGGAGCUGAGCAAAGAGAUGAAAAGGGUGCUAGCUAGCUUCCAGGUGGAUGAGAAAGCCCUUUUUGUAGAUUUUUCCAAUAUCAUGAGUCAUGGGCACAGCAGCCUCAGUGGGACUUUCACACAUAAUAUCAGCUUUUUUAAAAAUGCAGGAUUGCCCUUGGAUGUCAUUGUUACUGCCAUGUGUAAUCAUGACACAAGAAAUCACACCAUUACGGUAGUCCUGCAGAGUGGCAGUGAAAGGAUUACCACUAUGUUUGGAAGUCACAGACUGUCCACAGAGCAUCCUAAAUCUGAGGUAUCUGUGAGUUUGAAGCACAACAUCUCAAAGAUAAAGGAACAUGGGAUCCCUUUUAUUGUGGAAGCUGCUGGCUAUUAUGAGAAUUUCACCAGAAAGACUGCUGCAGGGAUAACAGCCACAGUGGAGAUGAAACAGCUCAAAGUUGAAAUAGAGAAGAAAGCCACUGGCAGUGCUAUGGAAAUUUCUCUUUUACUUCACCAUGAUGUGGAAGGACUGAUUUACAUUGUUCCACGUGUACUAGAGGUUGCUUGCAGUGGAGAAUCUGCUAAUGAGCAACUUUCUGGCCUUUGCAAUGGAGCAAUUAUACUUCAUCAUUUUGAGACUCCAGCAAGAGUUUCACUGAAUGGGUCAGUGUUUACCAGCAACUUUACUGUCAUCUUCUUUGGACAUGUUUCUUUUCACAACAUGUUUGCCUGCCUGCAACUCCAUGCCACCACUAACAUCCAGCCUCAUUUAAGUAUUGACUUCCAGCAUUCUUUGCCUUUGCUCCAGUCUCUGGGACUUGCUGGAGAAAACCAAGUGAAGGUGUCAGCUAUGAGAAGUGACAAGUAUAAGGGCAUGUUUGAUGUUGUCCUUGGGCCUUGCAGUUUGAAAGCUGAUGGAGAAGUGAGCCUAGCAAGCAAUGAAACAAAUACAGAAUGGGUGCUUACUUUUAGAAACAAGUGUGUCAGUCUAGAGAGAAUGGGAUUGCCUCAUGCUGUAGCCUUUGGGGGCUCAUUUCAUCAGAACAUCUGUGAUGUGGGUUUGUUAAUGAACCUCCAGUGUGAUGGCAGAACAGUUAAUGUGCAGAUAGACACUUCCUGCAAACAGGAAUAUACGCUGCAAGGGGUGCUCAGGCAUUCAGUUCACUGGCUGAGUCAGCUUGGGCUGCCUUCUGAAAACUCUGUCUUGUUAUCUGCAGCCACAGACUCCACCACAGAGGGAAUUUUGUUGCUGCAGGCUGGCAAGUGCAAACUUAAGGCUAGAGGAGAUCUCUCUAUUCAGAAUAAAACUGAAUGGACACUGGAAACGGAAACAGAAUGUCAGCUUCUGCAGGAUCUCUGUAUUCCAACUCAGUCAUGGCUCACAGGAUCUAUUCAGAAAGACAAGUGCCAAGCAGAACUUUUCUGUGUCCUUGAAACAGAAGGCAAGACUGCCCAUCUUGAAGUGAGAGCAGAGCGCAAGCCAAAGGUUACACUGGAAAUUCAGUUCAGGCAUGACCUCCCUCAACUGAGGGAAAUCCCAAGGGAAAAUAAGCUGUCUAUCACUGCACGAAAACAGUUAAAAUAUCAUAUGGGAAUAGGAAUUAAAUCAGGUGACUGUGAGCUUCAAAUGAAUGGAGACUUUGACCCUGAAAAGAAGCUUCAGUGGAAAAUGGUUAUAGAAAACAAAUGCCAAACAAUUCAGGAUCUUGGAGCACCAGUAACAAUUGAUUGUUCAGGCUAUGUUUUGAUGGAUAAAGUGCACCUAGAUUCACAGACUUGGAUCACUGUCGAUGAAAGUAAAUUACAAGGACUCGUUAUACUUAAAGUCACUGAUGAAAGACAAGAGCUGGAUGCAGUGCUAACCCAUAACAUUCAAGGAGCUGCUGACAUUGGCAUUCCUAUGAGGAUGUUAAUAGAUGUGGUAUCAGAAAAAAAAAGUGACUUCUAUAAAAGACUUAUUCACUUCUGUGUGAACAGCAAGCAAAUUACAGAAGAACUAAGCUUUGUCCAGAAGUUGGAUGUUGUGUCUCUUAACUACAAACUUACUCAUAACAUAGAAGCACUGAAGACUUUGCAAAUAAGAGACAGGAUUCAGUUGCAGGCUAUCCUGAACCUGAAUGUAAUCAAGAGCUUUAGUAUGAAAGCACAUUAUGGUGCUCACCUAACAGCUCUUAAGGGACAAAUCCAGGAGUUUGGAACAGGUACCAACAUAACUGGGAAUUUCCAUCAUACAUGGCCAUGGCUGCUGCAAGCCAGAGUCCCAUCAUCUUUACAGGUGGAUGUAGUUUUUCAAGGGGGAAACACAACUCAAGAAAGUUACGUGCACAUUGCAGCUGAAGAAACAUCAAUCACGUACAUAAUAAACUCCUAUUAUGUUGGUCACCACGUGGCUAUCUUAUGCCAAAGUGUACAUAAUAGUGAGGAACUACAGGCAUCUGGCUACCCUAAGGCAAUCAACUUGAUUCUCAGUUUACAGAAAUCAGAAAACAAAGCCAAGACUAUCUGUGAAAUCCAGUAUGAUGGCAAAGAUAUAUGUGUGUCUCUGGAUAUUGACACAGACUUUCAGCCUUAUGGUAUAUUUGAAUUCAUGGCAGAGGUGAAGCAUUCAAUAUCACUUCUCCAUUAUCUAGGACUUCCCUUCUUUCUUAAGGAAAAAAGGCAGACAGCUCUUGAUGCUUUUGUGUUGAGUCUAGAAAAGUGCAGUCAAGAUGAUGGCUUUAAGUCAGUCAAGAGAUUGUGCUCACUUGAGGUGAAAUGCUGGGUAGAAGCUAUCGUGUGUGAUUGUUUAUUUCUCCCUCCCUCCCUCCAACAGAUGACAGUUCAGGAAGUCCUGACUGAAGAUGAAAUCAAAGGAGCUCUGAGGCUGACCUAUGAACAAAACACAAACUUCUCAUUUACCAUCAGUAGGAAAAAAGACCAACAAGGUGAAGAGUUGACUAUAAAAGCCCUCCAGCCUCAUCCCUACUUUCUACAGUACUUCCCCAGUGCAGCAGAACUGUCUUCUAAGGUAAAUUAUGAUAUGAGUGAAGCAAAAGGCAAACUCUACCUCAGGAUGGAAGAAAGUGAUUUCAAUGUUACAGCUAAGCUAACUGUCACUAGAACCAGCUACACUAAUGUCAUUGAAGUAAUACAGACAAUGUCCCAGUUAAAAAUUCUUCCAAGGCAGCUUGUGGUUAUGAUGGACUACAAAAAAGGCAACAGAACACGUAUCCUGAGGCAUAUUGCUCUGUGGGAUGGCAAGGAGAUAAAGGUUGCAGGCACUUACACUGGACUCUUCCCAAAGUUGCCUGGAGGUCAUCAUGUUCAGGUGGAACUUUUCCAUCCCCUCUCCAUUCCUUUCCCAUGGCAUGCCAGGGUCAACUUACAUAUGAAACAUUCGGCACAUAGUCACCAGGAUGAUCUUACUGUCAUCUGGAAUGAGAAGGACCAGAUAUCAGUGUCAUCUUCUCUGAAGUUUGGAAGAGACCGUACAAACUGCAGAGCUAGUAUUGCCCAUCCAUUUAAUUACACUUUGAAGCAGCUGGAGGUCCAUUCCCUGUCAGACAGAAGAGGCAGAAAGUACAACCAGCAGCUGCAGUUGACAGGGAAUGGUGGGCAGCCUGCUAACAUCCAGCUGACCCUGGAGGAUAAAUCAAAGAUGGACAGCACUGCCUGGGGUGGCUGUAUGAUACUCUCUUCAGGUCAGCUUCAGAGACUAUUACAUAUGGAACACCUGCAUGCGUGUGGUUCUCUAGAGCAAAGAUCAGCAUUGUUUAAUGAAUAUCUAGAUCUGAGCUGGGAUAACAAAAAAUUCAAACACAACUUAACUUUUGAGAGAAAUCAGUUCUUGUAUCCUAAUAAGUUUCAGUUAGAAGCUGUUCUGGAGAAUAUAUUCCUGACCUCAUGCACCAAACAGAAGAUUCUGGGUAAAGUGGAAACAAACUACUUGUCUAGCCUGGACUAUGAUAUGAGCUUUGAGUUCUGUGACCUUACACAUGUAAUUGCUUUCUCUGGAAAGCACCAGCUCAACAAAGAUGACAUCAUUUUGCAGUCAGAGAGCAGGUUCCACCUUGCUGAUCAUGGGAGAGAUGAGGGGUUGAUUGGAAUAUCCUUAAAAAAUCAGAGUACAGCUGAUGUGAAGAACUAUUCUUUGGAAAUUGAAUUAAGAGCCUUUGAAGAUAUUUGGCUAGGCCUGACAGGAACUGCUGCUUCCUCAUCUGUGCAGAGUCAAAUCCUGGUGGAGGGGAUUGUUGAUCAGAAAGAGAAAGUAAAAAUAGCUGCUUCUAAAGGAAAGGAAUGUUUCCAGUGCUACGUGGGGUAUUUGAAAGGGGAUUUAGAAGAAGGAAUGGAAGUCAGUGCUUGUACUGAUGGGCAACAGAUGGCUACUGUUAAUACCUAUCUCAACAUUAACGGUGAAAGGCAAGAAAACAUGGGACAAAUGACUCUAGCAGCUGUUAAUGGAAGCUUGAGUUUUCUGGCUCAUGGUUGUGGGGAUCCAGUUCUUAAGACUGAGUACAAACUUAAUGAAAUUGGGAGCCUUCUGAAAGCCAAACUGGUGGAGAAGAUAAAGAAGAUUGAGGGAUACAUGUGGAGAUUCAGGAGCUCAGUGCAGCAAGUUGAUUUGCUGUCAGAAACAGCUGGCUGGCCCUCCAUAGCCUUGCAAAAGGUAGCAGGAUUACUCCACAGUGUGGGUAGAGCUGUCGCCCAGGUGUGGAAGCAAAGUGGAAUUGGGCAUAUACUGAGAAGCAAACUCCCACUUUACCUGGAUAAAAUUCAAGACAUUGUCCAGCAAAUGCAGAAUGAAUUGCAAAACCCACUAGCAACUUUGAAGGAUGCCUACUACGAUGUAACCUUGAAACCACUGGAUGAAGUUUGGCAAGAGAAGACAGAGGAGUACAUGAAGAAAAUCCAGGCUUUUUUACCCAAGAUAGUAAAAGAUGUGUGGCUAAUGGAACCAAUUCAGGUGGCACUGAAGGCUGUGAAAGCGGGCUUGGACAUGACUACACAGCAGAUGCUCAGGUGGGCAGAGGCCCUGUUUUCUAGAGCUGUGAGCAAGAUCCGGAAGCCCUUACUCAACCUGUACAGUUUCUCAGCCAGGAACUGUUCAGUGGCAGUAAAACUGCCAGUACUUCCUAAAGCUGGAUCUCUGGAUCUGGGAAAUAUCACUCAUUAUCUCAUUGAAGAAAAGCUAAUGAGGCCUCUCCAAGACCUCUACAAUAUCAACAUAGUUGCAGAGUAUUAUAGAUUCAAACGGAGGAUGCUGGAGAGUCCCUUCGAAUAUCAUGCUAUGUUAAUGGGGACCAAGCAUCUUAUGACUUUUGAUGGCAAAAUUUAUGAUUUGGCAUCAAAGUGCAGUGUACUUCUUGCAAAGGAUUUUGCUCACAAUACAUUCACUGUAAUACUAAAUGAGGAAACUGGUAACUCAAGAUCCCUGUAUGUGGAGAUGAACCAGACCGUGAUCAGCAUCUCCCCAAGACUGAAGGUAUCCAAGACAUACAACUUCUCCUUUAUGGAAGAAAACUGCCAAGCACUGGAUCAGUCCCUUGAAAAGAAUACCAUUAAUUCAAGGAGAGAAAGCAAUAAAAUAGAAGUGUCCAAUCAGAAAGGAGUUUCUGUCUCUUGUGACUUCCAGUAUGAUCUCUGCACUGUCACUCUGGCUGGCUGGCAUCAUGGCAUUUCAGCUGGGCUUUUUGGUACCAAUGACAAUGAAGCUGGAAAUGAAUGGAUCCUUCCUAAUGGUUCCAUCACUGACAACUUGCAGGAGUUCACACAGAGCUGGCAGGUGAACACAUGCAGGCUUGUACAGAAGAAAGCGGAGCUGUGUCCAAAUAAGCAAAAAGUCUGUAAAGUGUUUUUUGAGGAACCACGUUCACUUCUUCGGAACUGCUUCAGAGUUGUAGACCCUGCACCAUUCUACAGCAUGUGCACUUACGACUCCUGUGGAUCACAUGAGGUGAAGGCUGCCUGCAGAUUAGCAGCAGCUUUUGUUCACUUGUGCAACCAAAACUUUGUCCCUGUAGAAAUUCCUCCUCAGUGCUUGAGCCAGUUCUGAAUGGCAUAUACCAGCCCUGAAGAUGGAAGAACCUUUUUGGCACCCAAAAUAAAACAACCGAUUAAGGUAGAGAAGCUAGAAGCAAUAGUAGGGAGACCAGUAAAAGCGGGAAUGAAUUUGUGUUAGGACCAUGAGUAUAAUGAAGCAUAUAUAGUCUAGAGAGCAAGCUUUUCACCCAGAAACACCUGGGGUAAGAGGAAUGAUUUCAGUACAGUGACAAGAAGAAAUUGGACAUAAGAUUAUCAGGUACUUGAAUAAAAAAGUAAAUUUCCCAUUCAAUAGCAAAGGUGCCUCUUGACAAGCCUUGAACCACAGCAGGAAUAUGUGUAAAGAUGACAAAAGGUCUCUGCCAGCACAGACUGGUACAAGUGGGCUCCUCUGUGAGGGCAGUAUGUCAGCUUUGAGCUGGGCAGAAAUGCUGACUUCCUUUUUCUCCAGAACUAUAACUCAGCUACCCAGUAAAUUCUGGAGGAAGUGCCCUUUUUCGAGGGAAGUGCCCCAGCACCCAAGAAGGCUAAGCAAGAAGUAAGAUGGUUAAAUAAAUAACUGAAAGCCUUUAA